CCUGAAUCAGUCUCUAUAUAAACCAUAGUGGACAGAGUUACCGGUACGGUGAUAAUAUGGAGUCGCUAUCCAGCUAACUUGCUGUUGCUGGUAUGUUAUUGUAUAAGAGAGUAAAAGGGAUAUUCAAUGUAUUCUCGUUAAUUUAAAUUUAUGUUUUGAACAACAGAUCUGAUUUCUGUUGAAGCCAUGUCCCAGAAAAAAGAGUUCUUGAUAGUAAUACUAGUAAUAUUUAUCUUAUUUCUUGUCCCAUUUUGUACUUCAACUGAUACAAUCUCUUUCAAACAGUCUCUAAGAGAUGGAGAUUUGUUAAUCUCUUCUGGAAAAUCUUUUGCUCUUGGUUUCUUCAGCCCUGGAAAUUCUUCUAACAAACGAUAUGUCGGAAUUUGGUACAAUAAUGUCCCCGAACUAACAGUAGUUUGGGUCGCUAACCGAGACAACCCCAUAAAUGGAACCUCCGGGGUUCUCACUAUCGACCUAACGGGUAGUCUUGUCAUACUUAAUCGAAAUACCAAAAUUUUCAGCUGGAAAACCAAUAUUUACUCUGCUCAGCUGUUGAAUUCAGGGAAUUUUGUGCUGUUUCGAGACCCGAAAGGGGAAGUUAUUGUAUGGCAGAGCUUUGAUUAUCCUACAAAUACUAUACUUCCUAACAUGAAGUUUGGGAAUGACAAGAAAACCGGUUUGAACCGGUCUCUAACGUCGUGGAAUUCUAGAGAGGAUCCCAGUUCAGGGGAGUAUGUGUACAAGAUUGAGAUAAAUGGAACAGUUCCUCAAGUUUUCUUGUACAAGAAUUCUAACAGGAUAUGGCGAACUGGGCCCUGGACGGGCCUUGGCUGGAGUGGUGUGCCCGAAAUGAAGCCUGGAUUUAUUUUCACUAUCGACUAUGUUGAUAAUAAAAGUGAGGUCUCUGUGACAUUCAGUAUGAAGGACUCUGUUCUCUCACGAUUAGUACUAAACGAAUCGGGGAUGAUGAAUAUAUUGAAUUGGCAAGAAGGCACGCAAAAAUGGGUGCAAUUUUGGUCCGCGCCUAAGGACUCAUGUGAUAACUAUGUACAUUGUGGGACAUUUAGUAAUUGCAACUUCUACAAUUUGGGUGAAUUCGAAUGCAAGUGUUUUCCUGGGUACGAACCAAGGAAUAACCGGUCAUGGUACUUGAGAGACGGUUCCCACGGGUGCUUGAGGAAGAAGGACGAGAACGUGUGCAAGAAUGGCGAGGGGUUUGCCAAAUUGAGUAAUGUGAGAAUCCCGGACACGUAUACUGCGCGAUUGAAUAGGAGUAUGGGAUUGCAAGAAUGUGAGAAAUUGUGUUUGAAUAAUUGUUCUUGCACGGCUUAUGCAAGUGCUAAUGUUAGUGUAGGAGGAAUUGGAUGCAUCACUUGGUAUGGUGACUUGAUAGACACAAGGGAGUUUACAGAUGGAGGCCAAGAUUUGUAUAUCAGAGUAUCUGCAUCUACUUUGGCUCAAUUCUUGAAGAACAAAAAUGGCUAUGAUCAUAGGAAAAGAACAAUAGCAAUUGUGAUAGCGUGCAUUUCUGCAAUACUCAUCGUGCUCGUGUUUGCUUGUUGUUUGGUAAUAAGGAAAAGGAGAAAAGAUAAGGAGGACCAGGUCACCAGUUUGAUUACUUUGAAGAGGAAUUUAGCAUCCUAUGAGAACUCUUCAAGAAGCAAUGAGAUGGAUGGAAGUGAACAUGCUGAUGUGUUAAUCUUUGAUCUAAGCACUAUCACUUCUGCCACUGAUGAUUUCUCUGACGCUAAUAAACUUGGUGAAGGAGGCUUUGGCAGCGUUUACAAGGGUCAGCUAAAUAACGGCCAAGAGAUAGCGGUCAAAAGACUUUCGAAAAAUUCAGGGCAAGGAGUAGUGGAAUUCAAGAAUGAAGUAACAUUAAUCGCGAGAGUACAACACAGAAAUCUUGUGAGGCUUUUAGGAUGUUGCAUACAAAGAGGAGAGAAGAUGUUGGUCUAUGAAUACUUGCCAAAUAAAGGCUUGGACAAUUUUAUCUUUGAUAAAACUAAAGGAUCUCAGCUAGAUUGGAGAAAACGGUUUGAUAUUAUCGUUGGAAUUGCACGAGGAUUGUCAUACCUUCACCACGACUCACGAGUAAGAAUCAUACAUAGGGAUCUAAAAGCCAGCAAUGUGUUACUAGAUGCAUCUAUGGACCCCAAAAUAUCAGAUUUUGGAACUGCUAGAAUAUUUGGAGGUGACCAAAUUGAAGCAAACACGAAUCGAGUUGUUGGAACAUAUGGCUAUAUGUCACCAGAGUAUGCAAUGGAAGGGCAUUUUUCAGUGAAGUCUGAUGUUUUCAGCUUUGGAGUUCUGUUGUUGGAGAUCAUCACUGGAAGGAAGAACAAUACUCAUUAUCAGGACCAUUCUUUAAAUUUAGUCGGAUACGUUUGGGAUUCAUGGAAUGAUGAGAAAGCUUUAGAUGUAGUUGAUCCCUCAUUAGGGGACUGGCAUGAAACUGGUGAAGUUUUGAGAUGCAUCCAAAUUGGACUAUUGUGUGUACAAUCAUUCGCAGAUGACAGACCAAUGAUGUCUGAAGUUGUCUUCAUGCUGUGCAAUGAAUCAAAACUUGCUGAUCCUGGACAACCUGGUUUUGUAUUCAGAUCAAGAAAUUCUUCUUCACUUCCUUACUCAUCGUCCGCUAGUGUCGGGACUUCCGUAAAUGAGAUUUCUAUUACUGCAAAUCUUGCUCGGUAAAGCUUCCUUGAGCUCAAUUACGUUGGCCAAGAGAUGUUGAAGCUGCAUAGAUGAUUUGUAUUGUACCUAUUAUCAUCAACGAAGGAGAAAAUAUAGAAUGGUUUAGAUGUUGUUGUGGCAAGUUAACCAGGUAAAUAGUUUCACUUAUUAGGGACGCUUAAAUUGUACUCAUCUUUAAGAUGAUCUGACUAUCAAUGUAUAGUAGUUUGGCAGAGAGUAACUUUGAGGUUUUGUUACAAUCUGAUGUAAGCAGAUGCAAAUAUAUAUAACUGUUUAGAGCCACAAGAAAGU